CUACGGCGCACGCGCAAUGCGGAGGAGCUGUUCGUCCCCCUGACAACGCAAGAGCUUCGGCGCAUGCGUGUUAGGUUCUCCGGGCCGGGUGUGUCGGUCCCCGCAGUAUUUCGGUCCUGGUUUCCGGUCACUAUGUCGGACGCCACGGUAGCGGAUACCCGGCGGCUAAACUCCAAGCCCCAGGAAUUGACAGACGCUUACGGCCCUCCCAGCAACUUCCUAGAGAUCGAUAUCUUUAACCCACAGACAGUGGGAGUCGGGCGGAACCGAUACACCGUGUACGAGGUCCGCAUGAGGACAAAUCUGCCCAUCUUUAAAACGAAAGAUUCCUGUGUCAGAAGAAGGUAUAGUGACUUUGAAUGGCUGAAGAAUGAACUGGAGAGAGACAGCAAGAUUGUAGUACCACCACUUCCGGGGAAAGCUCUGAAGAGACAACUGCCUUUCCGAGGGGACGAAGGGAUAUUUGAAGAGUCGUUCAUUGAAGAAAGAAGGCAGGGCCUGGAACAGUUUAUUAACAAGAUUGCUGGACACCCCCUUGCCCAGAAUGAGCGAUGCCUCCAUAUGUUCUUGCAAGAUGAAACAAUUGAUAGGAAUUAUGUGCCAGGCAAAGUGCGCCAAUAAGAGACAAAGGCAAAUCCCUCCACAUCUUUUAUUGCCCCUCACAUCCUCGUCGCCUGCUAAAUUACAUAUAUUUUUACACUAGUUCCACUUAAACUCCCUCUCUGCCAUGUUUCCCUCUUGCCUUUAAGGGUCACUGUGUUUCCACUCCUGCUGCUCUCUACUGAAUGAUGCCUGAGGGUGCUGACGGAAGCAUUAAACCUGGCAACCUCCUGUACCCUGGUUAUCUAUGGAAAUAGGAGAUUCAGCACCAGAACCUCCCCUUACAUGUCUUAGCUCUGCAGUGAGAGUGGUGCUGAUAUUAACACGUUAUCCCCUCAUAGUGUGGAAGGCUAUGGAUAUAAUUUAAAAGGAGAAAUUAGCUCCCUCUCCAUUUUUCCUGACCUUUAACCCUCGACAAAUCUUUAAAUACAAUCUGUCAAUUUAUUAUGGUCUGAGGCUAAUUAAUUAUCCACUUUCCACCCCUCAUUAUAUAACUACGUAUGUUUAUGUAACAUUCAGAACUAUGUUCAUGUAUGGUGUACAAGCAGCUAUAAAAAGAGGCAAGCUUUAAAUCAUAUCUGCUUUAAUAUGCAAGUGACCAAACCGUUACUGGUCAGAAUAUGAUUUAACAUUUUACGCUGGUAUUUCUGCAUUGGCUCUGAGAUUAAAUAAGCUGAAUCCUGCAUUUAUAGCUUUGAAUACCUUGUUGCUAUGAAGAGCCGGCACAGCAGAGAUGGCAUAAGGAUUCCAGAGCCUAGUGGUGAAUUCGAUGUAGGGCUCUCAUCCCAUGCUUUCAAAGAAAAUUGGAGCUAAACAGAAGAAUAAUGUUUCCAGGCAAAAAUUUGAUGUCCACUUCACAGAUGUGCUUGAACUGCCUGUGAUCAAAUCGGGGAAGACUGAAUUUAUGGAGUCAGUCCCUAGGAUAAAAUCUGAUGAAGAUUCACUGCUCUUCGUGCUCACCUGCAUAGGUGGGGGUGGAGGUUGUUAGUCUUCCCUUAAUAGGGUCAUGACUGGCUGGAGAGUGGGGAGGAAAUUAUCAGAUGCAGAUUCAGAGGACCGUCCAAGUCAUCACUGGUCAGCUCUUGUCUGUCACUAGAGGAGUUUGUGUGGCCACGGUGUAUGCAGAUCACUUGCAUCAGUGUCAAGCCUGGGGUUCUGGGCAUCUUUGCUGCCUGUGUCCUUGUGUUGGAGAACAUUUCUGUGUAUAUAAAUAUCUGUAUCUAAAAAA